AUGAUCGUCGUCGCACGAUCGACAGCGGCGAUCGCAGUCGAUCGCUCGCGUGCGCGCUUCUGUCGCGCACUCGUGCGUACAUACCGGUUUACGUUGAACGUCAGACCCAUUCAAACCUACGCACAACUUGAGCUAUCAUUGUUUAAUUUCACCUUCUACUUCUUCCUACUUGUAGCAAAUUCCAUUACUACUUGGGAAACUACUAGCGCCGAACUGGUGCCAGCUUCAAGGACGCUCAAUCAUCUUUCAUAAAAAGCAACAUUGCCGUGACUUCUUUGUGGCCACUUUAGACAGUAAGGGAGCAAAUCGCUAGCUUGAAAUCAGCACAAGAGAAAAUUGCUACU